UCACUGAUCUCUAUAAUAUAAUCCGUCUUAUAAUCCGUAUAAAAUAGACAUCAUCGUGAUGCGUGUCUCAAUGCUCUGCGUAUUGGCUUUACUAAUCUAUCCAACCCUCGCAGCAUCUUCCCACAGUCGGCUAAUUGUUGUGGCUUUUGAUUCCUUCCGGUAUGACUUUCCGCACGUCUUCCCUGGGAUAGUCACGCCCACCUUCGAUAAGAUCAGCCAAGAAGGUGCUCGUGUUAAAGGCUCCAGACCCGUUCUAAUGACGAAUUCAUGGCCUAACUGGCUGAGUCUGGCAAGUGGGCUUUGGCCAGAGAGUCACCAGGUCGUGGAUAACUCGUUCUAUGAUCCUGAGUUCGAUAAGUGGUUCAACUUGGCUAUAAGAGCUGACCCGCGCUACUAUGAUAUGGGAGCCGAGCCAAUAUGGAUCACUAACCAACGCCAGGCAUGCUCACAACGACAGGCCGCUGGUGAUCAACGACAUGCUGGUGAUCAACGACAGGCUGGUGAUCAACGACAGGCUGGUGAUCAACGACAGGCCGCUGGUGAUCAACGCUCGGGCGACUGCGAGAAUCCACGGAGCAGUGGAGCAGUGUUUUACCCUGGGGCGGAAGCACCGUUUAGCGGGAUGAAGGCCGAUCGGUUCGUCACGCCCUACAAUGAACUACUCGACUAUAGGAGGCGGAUCGAUAUCCUGAUGUCAUGGAUCACGGAUCCGGUGAGGCCUAUCAACCUUGGGAUGCUAUACAUUGACAAUCCGGAUCAUGUGGCGCACGAAUUCGGACCCGAAUCGAACCAGACGAGAGACAUGGUCGAGCUUUUAGACAACCUUACCGCCACGUUGUUUGACAAGCUUCAGCAGGAAGGUCUACUCGAUUCAACUAACAUCUUAUUUAUUGGAGAUCACGGGCAUGCGCCGGGACCUGAUAAACUCAUAUCUGCUAACGAUUACGGAGUGGACUCUAGCAUGUUUGAAAGUUACUCUCCUCGAAGCCAUUCCACUGCACAGCUGUAUCCCAAGAAAGAAUACGAGGAGUUUGUCUACGAGAGACUAUCGACGAUUCCAAACAUUACUGUGUACAGAAAAGCAGAAGUUCCAGAAAGGUACCAUUACAACAACACGCGUCGUAUGGUCUCCAUGGUUUUGAUAGCAGACGAAGGAUUUAAGCUUGACAUCGGUCCUAAAAGCAGAACUGAUGUUCCACAGAGAGCUAGCGGGAGAGGAAGUCAUCAAAUGGAUCCGUUUAAUGACAAAGCGGCCAGCAUAUUUUGGGCGUACGGGCCAGCGUUCAAACAAGGCUUCUACAGAGACGAAUUCAUAUAUCACGUUGACGUGUAUCAACUCAUGUGUCACCUACUCGAGCUGAAGCCUGCUCCGAAUAACGGCACGUGGGCACAUGUGAGGGAUAUGCUUAACGUUGACCCGACAUCGACGCUGUCCACGACGACAGAGGGCGCUAGUGCAGUCCUAGCACAUUACUGGAUAUUCGGUUUGAACUUGUUGGUCUGCUUAUUGGCUCUACAACACACACAUGGCGACAUCUACUAGACAUUCAACGUUUAUAGAGUAGAACAGAUGGAGCAUGAAUUCAAUUAAAUAAAUACCAAAUUAUUGAGA